AUGUAUGCAUUGAGUUCACAAUCUCAAUUAAUCAAUGAUCUUCCACAAAGAAAAUUUGUUCAUAUGUCGCAGUAUGCACAACCUCGUUCGAACAAUAUUACAUUAGUACUUUCGAAUAAUAAUCGGACUCGUCGUCCUGUCGUUUUUAUAAUUUAUUAUUCGAUGUAUGGUCAUGUAGCAACAUUAGCAUCAAGCAUUCGAGCUGGUGUUGAAUAUGCUGGAUGUGAUUGUCGUGUCUUUCAAGUUGCUGAAACCUUGCCCGAUGAAAUGCUUAAAAAAAUGCACGUACCGCCUAAAAAUAAAGAUAUACCAAUAAUUAGACCUGAUCAAUUACCUGAAGCCGAUGGUUUUCUGUUUGGUAUGCCUACUCAUUUCGGGACGAUACCUACGCAAAUUAAAACUUUAUUUGAUGCUUGUGAUAGUCAUUGGCUAUCCGAUGCAUUAAUCGGCAAACCAGCUGGUGUUUUCUUUUCAACAGCGACACUUGGUGAUGGUCAAGAGACAACUGCUCUUUCAUGUGUAUCAUUUUUCGUGCAUCUCGGAAUGGUUUUUGUUCCACUUGGCUAUAGAAAUAAAUUGUUAUUGAAUCUCGAUGAAAUACAUGGUGGUUCACCUUAUGGUGCUGGAACAUUAGCUGGAACACAAGGUGAACGACGAGUAUCUCAACUUGAACUUAAAAUUGCACAAACACAAGGAAUUGAAUUUGGUAAAAUCGUUUCAAAAUUAAAAUCAACACCGACACAUAUAUAA